AAAGCAGUGCUUCCAUCUGGGGUCAAGGCCAGAGCAAUGGAUAUCUUAUCCCACUCAUCCUUUUCCUCUGAUAAAGCCCCAACCAGUACCGAGAAGUCUUUCUUCUUAAGAACCUUGAGGCCUUUUUUUAAAGUGCUUGAAAAAGAAGAGGACAAAGAAAAACUGGAAUUAAGAGACUUUUCCCGUCUGCUUCUGGUGGCUGUUCCAGAAAGAUGCCUCAGUUCCUGCUUCUCACCUGCCUCCUCAUCACGAUCUCACCUGCGGCACCAAUGACCCUAGAUCCUUGUUCUGCUUACAUCAGUCUGAAUGAGCCCUGGAGGAACACUGACUAUCAAUUUGAUGAGUCUCAAGGUCCACCUCUGUGUGACAACCAUGUGGAUGGGGAGUGGUACCGCUUCACGGGCAUGGCUGGGGAUGCCAUGCCCACCUUCUGCAUACCAGAAAACCACUGUGGAACCCAUGCACCUGUUUGGCUCAAUGGCAGCCACCCACUAGAAGGUGAUGGCAUUGUGCAACGCCAGGCCUGUGCGAGCUUCAAUGGGAAUUGCUGCCUCUGGAACACCACGGUGGAGGUCAAGGCUUGCCCUGGAGGUUACUAUGUGUAUCGUCUGACCAAGCCCAGUGUAUGCUUUCAUGUCUACUGUGGUUAUUUUUAUGACAUCUGUGAUGAGGACUGCCAUGGAAGCUGCUUGGAUACCAGUGAGUGCAUAUGUGCUCCAGGAACCGUGCUAGGCCCUGACAGGCAGACGUGUUUUGAUGAAAAUGAAUGUGAGCAAAACAAUGGUGGCUGCAGUGAAAUCUGUGUAAACCUCAAAAAUUCAUAUCGCUGUGCAUGUGGGGUUGGCCGUGUGUUAAGAAGUGAUGGCAAGACUUGUGAAGACAUCGAAGGAUGCCACAAUAACAAUGGAGGCUGCAGCCAUUCUUGCCUUAUGUCUGAGAAGGGCUAUCAAUGUGAAUGUCCCCGGGGCUUGGUGCUGUCUGAGGAUAACCACACUUGCCAAGUUCCUGUGUUGUGCAAGUCCAACACUAUUGAAGUAAGCAUCCCCAGGGACCUGGUCGGCGGUUUGGAGCUCUUCCUGACCAACACCUCCUGCCGAGGAGUAUCCAAUGGCACCCACAUCAACAUUCUCUUCUCCCUCAAGACAUGUGGCACAGUGGUCGAUGUGGUAAAUGACAAGAUUGUGGCUAGCAACCUUGUGACAGGUCUACCCAAGCAGACCCCGGGGAGCAGUGGGGACAUCAUCAUCCGAACCAGCAAGCUGCUGAUCCCUGUGACCUGCGAAUUUCCACGCCUGUACACCAUUUCCGAAGGAUACGUCCCCAACCUUCGAAACACCCCACUGGAAAUCAUGAGCCGUAGUCAUGGAAUCUUCCCAUUCACCCUGGAGAUCUUCAAGGACAACGAGUUCGAAGAGCCUUACCGGGAAGCGUUGCCCACCCUUAAGCUCCGUGACUCCCUCUACUUUGGCAUCGAGCCCUUGGUGCACGUGAAUGGCUUAGAAAGCCUGGUGGAGAGCUGUUUUGCCACCCCCACUUCCAAGAUCGAUGAGAUCCUGAAGUACUACCUUAUCCGGGAUGGCUGUGUUUCAGAUGACUCAGUAAAGCAGUACACAUCGCGGGAUCACCUAGCAAAGCACUUCCAGGUCCCUGUCUUCAAGUUUGUAGGCAAAGACCAUAAAGAAGUGUUUCUGCACUGCCGAGUCCUUGUCUGUGGAAUGCUGGAGGAGCGUUCCCGCUGUGCACAGGGCUGCCACCAGCGAAUGCGUCGGGAGGCACUAGAAGGAGAGGACGCGGCUGGUCUGCAGAGCCAGAUGCUGACCGGGGGCCCCAUCAGCAUUGAUUGGGAGGACUAGGACAUCCAACACCCGAGUCUUGGCUUUGGGCUGCCUGUCUAUUUGCAGCUUCUUCCCACUCCCUCUGAGAACAUCAGUCAACACCCUAGAACAUUGCUCUUCUUUAAAUCUCAUGCUGUGGGUUUAGACAAACUCCCAGAACUGACUCACUGUAAUUCUGGCCCACUGGGUCAAGAGAGGUCAGCUCACUGCUUACUGACUUGACUCAGCUGGGGCUUCAUCCUCCAAAGGUUGAAAGCUAUGCUGUCCAUGAAGAAAGCGGCUCAUCCAUUUCCCCUAUUUCUUUCCUACAAUAAAAUACCUAGUGUAGAAUGCAGUAGAACCACUAAAAUGAGAAAUUGGAUAUAAUAUUUCAAAUUAGGAACUUAAAAAAAUUAAAUAGUUGCUUGAAACUAUGAUUUAAAUACCCAAUGACUCCUUAAAUAUGUAAAUAAUAAUUAUAUCAUGAAAUUUUAAUUCAAAUACAGAAUAGUUAUAGGGGAUUUGGAAGUUUAUCAAUAUAA